AUGGUCGAUAACACUUUUUGGUCUGGUCUAAACUUACCUAUCUCCUUCCAUCACUGGAACACCUCCAUGAAGUCCUCAUACCCUAAAAUAUCACUAAGCCCAUUAAAGCCACCAAUAGAGACUGAGCAAAGAAUAAAGGGAAUCAUGGACAAACUAGACCAGCUGAUCCCCCCCAGACCUUUCACCCACAUGAACCCCACCACCAGUGCCGCACACAGCACAGCCAACAUCCUCCAGCCUUGAGACACCUACUGCAGGGGGGAUCAGCUAGACAUCCGACUAGAGGGGAGGGACCACUUGGGAUGCAGGAAGGAAAGUAGGUGGUAUUUCCCGAGGGCCAGGAUGUCAUCCCCAUCUCAAACAGGCACUGCAGGAAAGGUGACAGACUUCCACAAUGGCACCUACCUUGUCAGUGUCACUCUGUUCUAGGAAGGCCAGGUCUCUGUCCUCCUGAUCAUCCACCCCAGUGAAGGAGUAUCUGCUCUCUUGAGGGCAAGGAACCAAGGCCAUGACAGGGUUAUUUUCAGAGGUAAAUUUGUUAAUGGCACCACUCAUGUCUUCGCUGAAUAUGGCCUGACCCUACACUCAAGUGCUGACUGCGUGAGACCUCAGCACACACCCUGUGAGGCCCUGAUUCACAUGACCACUCAGAAUGGAGAUUCUUAUCUUACUGUCAAGGAAUAAAGCCUUUUUCACAGGUUCAAUGUGGGAGUUGAAAUGGUGAAACCUCUUAAACUCAUGGACAUCUCCAAUGUAAUAGUAAAGAGUGAAAAAAUAAAAGACAAGUACCAAGUCAGAAUGAAGAUUCCUGUCCCUGGUAGUUAUACUUCAGAAGGAAGGUAGAUUACAAUAUUUUAUAACCAGAUUCAGAUAAAUACAAUUGAAAUAAAUGACUGUUUGAAAGGAAAAUUCUUUUACCUCCUGGGAGACUCUACACUGCACCAGUGGAUCGAAUACUUACCCAAACUUGCAAAAACACUAAACUUUUUUGAUCUUCAUGGAACUGGAAUUUUUAAGAAACAUUUGCUUUUGGAUGCAGACAGACACAUUUAGAUUGGGUGGAAAAAACAUAGCUACUCUUUUGUCACUUUUCAGCUCUAAUCUGUGAUAGAUGAGGGUUAUAUCCCUCAGGAAAUUGACUGGAUAUCAGGUGACAAAAAUGAAAAGAUUAUCAUCACACUUGGCCAGCACUUCAGGCCCUUCCUCACUGACAUUUUCAUUCACAAGGCCAUCGGUGCCUAAAAAGCUUCUCAAGUACUGUUCCUAAAAAGCCCAGCCACUAAAGUGAUCUUUAAGACAGAAAACAUCAGGGACACAGAAAUGUUUGGAAAGUUUCAUGGUUAUAUUAAAUAUCUUGAUAAGGACAUUUUCAAAGAUCUCAGUGUGUGUGUCAUUGCAUAUGUGACAUGAUCAUUUGCAUAUGGCAUAAGUGUCCACCCACAUGAUCAUGUAAUUGGAAAUCAGAUUAACAUUAACAUGUUCUUAAACUACAUUUGCUGA